AUGGCCAUCUCCGUGUCUGUCCUCGAGACGGGCACCAUCCGCAUUCGUCCUUCCCACAGAACCCAAUCUGCCCACAAGAACGUCUACCUCCGUCGUCUCACGGUAUUCACAGACCGAGCAUGGACUGAGCCGCUCCCGAUCAACACCUACCUCAUUUCGCAUCCCGAGGGCUAUAUUUUGUUUGAUAGUGGGGAGUCGCCUCACACGAUGAAGAAGGGCUACUUUCCGAAGUGGAUGCCCUUCUUCCAUCUCGCUGUCAAUAUCCACGUCCGCGAACACGAGGGAAUCAAAGCACGUUUGCUAGAGCACGGAGUAACGCCGUCGGAACUCAAGGCUGUAGUUCUGUCCCAUCUCCACCAUGAUCAUGGUGAUGGAAUUUCCGAUCUUGACGGUGCUGACGUAUACGUGACACCCGAACACUGGGAGGCAUUUCGACACCCAUUCGAGGCUACGUUGGAAGGUGCCGUCCCAAGCCAAUGGCCGAAGAAUUUUGAGCCAAAGCUCUUGGAGCGUUCGGGAGGGCCAGUUGGACCCUGGAGCAAGACAUACCCCAUUACAAGUGACGGAAAGGUGGUGGCCGUCGAUACCCCAGGACACGUACCGGGACACAUUUGCUUGAUUGUCUAUGGUGAUAAUGCUACAUACCUGCUUGGUGGAGAUGUAACAUACGACCAAGAUCUUCUGGACCAGGAGUUGACGGAUGGAGUAAACAAGAACCCUCUGCUAGCUAUAGAGUCAUUGAAAAAGAUCAAGGAGUUCGCUGGCCAAGAGGAGAUCGUGCUACUUCCUGCCCAUGACCCGAAUGCAGCGUACAGGCUGGCCAACAACGAGGUCUAUGUGCCAGGAAGUAGCCGGCAUGUCUCCUUGAAGGAGUAUGGGAACGGGCAUGAUUGGUUGAUUAUACUUGCGCUGGCCUUUAUUGGUUUCCUUUUUUACCGCAGAAGCUGUUAA